GUGUGAUGAAGAAUUUAAAUCUUACACUGAUUUAGAAAAACACUGUGAAAUACAUGUUAGUCAGCAAGGGCAAACAGGAGAUAAACGAUAUAAAUGUGAUGUUUGUAGUAAAUCUUUCACUGCCAAUGAUACUCUACAGACCCACAUGAGAAUUCAUACUGGUGAAAAACCUUAUAAAUGUGAUGUUUGUGGUAAAUCAUUUAAUCAGAAUAGUAAUCUACAGUCACACAUGCGAAUUCAUACUGGUGAAAAACCUUAUAAAUGUGAUGUUUGUAGUAAAUCAUUUACUACUUGUAGUAAUCUACAGCAUCAUACCAGAACUCAUACAGGUGAAAAACCUUAUAAAUGUGAUAUUUGUAGUAAAUCAUUUUCUGAUAGUAGUCAUCUAAAGAAACACAUGAGAAUUCAUACUGGUGAAAAACCUUAUAAAUGUGAUGUUUGUAGUAAAUCAUUUACUUGUAGUAGUCAUCUACAGAGGCACAUCAGAAUUCAUACUGGUGUAAAACCUUAUAAAUGUGAUGUUUGUAGUAAAUCAUUCACCACUAAUGGUAAUCUACAGUCACACAUAAGAAUUCAUACUAGAGAAAAAACGUUUAAAUGUGAUGUCUGUAGUAAAUCAUUUUCGGACAGCAGUAUUCUGCAGAAACACAUUAGAAUUCAUACUGGGGGAAAAAAUCUUUUAGAUGAGAUGUUUGUUAAAUUAAAAAAGAGAAACUGA